AUGGUGCUUCAGGUGGACGACCUGUUCCGCAUGCGGAUGCUGAUGGCCGGCGUUUACAUCGGGCUCGGUGUUUCGUCCACGUACGGAUUCAGCAUCUUCACGGAUCACCUGAAGACUAAGUACGGGUAUUCGCAGAGUGAAGUCACAACAAUCAGCACGGUCGGUACUUGUCUGAACUACUUCAGCUUUCAGGCUGGACUGAUGUUUGACUACGUGGGUCCAACAGUCGUGCUUCCGUUUGCCGGUGUCCUUGGAGGACUGGGCUUCUUAAUGUUUGGGUUGACCUUUGACGGCACGGUCAAAACCUCGAGUGUGGGACUGUUUUCCCUUUACCAGGGGAUUACCCACCUUGGUCUCCCGGCGAUGGACGUCUCUGCUGUCAUGACGCUGAUGCUGCAGUUUCCCUUGGACCGCGGCUACGUGGUGCUGGUCAUGAAGGUGUUCAACGGGCUUGGGACCGCAGUGCUAAUGGCGUACUUCAACGGCUGGUUUAGGGCGGCGGACUCGCGUCGAUCCGAGGACAACAACUACUCCGGCUACGCGUACUUUGUUGCGGCGCAGACUCUGUUGUGCGCUCUUGUCGGCGCCUGCUUCACGCGGCUACCGAUGUACUAUCCGUCAGCGUGGAGGAAGAAGCGGCUGAGCGCCGAGGAACUCGCAGAGCGGGAGAAGACGCUUGACCUGUACAUGAGCCAGCAUGCCCCCUCGCGGCGUCUGCACAUCGGGUUUGGGCUUGUCAUCGCCCUGCUGAUAUUUUCCGCCGCGCAGUCGAUUGUGACGGCGUACGUGCAAACGUCCUACGCGGGGUACGUGGCGAUCUCGAUCGUGGCGCUGCUGCUGAUGGCAUCGUUCUCCCUGAUGGCGAUGCCGUUCCAGUUUCUGGGCCGCUACAACCCCCUGCGUUCCACGCAUAUGGCGGGCAUUGGCGAGUCGGGCGCGGAGCUGGCAGGCGAAGCCGUAAAUGGGGAUUCUGAGGAGGAAGAUGACAAAAACUGCACGAAUGAGGUGGUCAGCCAGGCACCGCAGUACGAUGGUUCGUUCUGGGCUCAUUUGCUUACCAUUGACCUGUGGGCAAUGUGGCUGACUUGCUUUGCCGUGUGGGGUACCGGCACGGUGAUGCAGAUGAACGCUACUCAGAUUUAUCGCAGCAAGAACUACGGCGAUUUUGAUACUCGAACUGUGACGCUCUACGUUGCCAUUAUGUCUGUGGGCAGCGCUAUUGGACGCAUCUCCAUUGGGCUGUUUGACAUCAGGCUCGGUGCGCUGCGCAAUAUGGGCAAGACAAACAUGCUGACGACUUUUGCAAUUCCCAUUGGUCCCGUGUUGAUGGCGGUGGCGUUCCUCCUCUUUGCCGUGCUACCUGGGAGCGCUUUACUGCUUCCAUUCUUGCUUGCCUCCAUAGGUAACGGCAUUGGCUGGGCGGUGGCCGUGAUUGGUGUUCGGAUGAUGUUUGCUCGUGACAUUGGCAAACACUACAACUUUAUGUACACCUCCGGGGCUGCCGCGACGAUCGCGCUGAACCGCUUCAUGUUCGGUGAGAUGUACGAUGCGGAGGGGCGCAAGCGUGGCGAUUCCACCUCUUGCAACGAGCCCGGUUGUGUGCGCAAUCAGAUGAUCAUUCUGAUGGCUGUCAACGUGAUUGCCAUAGUUUCCGCCGUGUUGGUGCACUGGCGGUUUGCGAGAUUCACCCGGGCGAAGCUGGACGAACAGCGGGCAGCAAUUCCUCAACAAGUAUGUGAGCAGGAUGUGACCGAGGCGGGGUCCGUUGAGCAUGUUGCUGGAGGAAAUAUUAUGCAGUCACAGUGA